AUGGAGCCCCCCGCCGAGGGCCGGCAAGAGAGCUCAGCUCUCACGGAGGCAGCCGCCGAGUUCCUGGGCCUGAUCGGACUGGAGGAUUUAGACCGUUGUGUGUUUGCUGAGACGCUGGAGGUGGUGGCAGAGGGGAGGCAGCCAAGGGGCCAGGCAGGGGCCCAGUGGUGGGCUGCAGUCCAGUGGGCACCCUAUGAGCAGAUGGGCAAGCCAGCACGCAUCUGCCUCCUGGUGCAGGCCCACGGCAGGCAGGAUGGCAUGCCUGGCUCCAGGACCCUCAAAGCCUAUGUGACUCCGCAGCUGGAGACCUUGGAGCAGGAGGAGCAGGAGCGCCUGGAGCUAGAAGAAUACCCCAUAGAGAGGAGGACCCACAUAAUAAGCCAUCAUCAUGGGAUGACUGUCACAAAGAUACUCCAGGAGGGAGAGGCAGAGCCACAGUGCUGGAGUUUCUCCUACAGCCAGGCCAAGCUGCGGGGGCUGCUGCUGGAAGGUGCCAGUCUCCUGCUGCUGCGGGUGCUGGCAUGCCGGCAGGCAGUGCCCCCUGGCCUCAUCUUCCCAGCCUUUGACAUCCAAGGCCACCUCUGCACCUCAAGCUAUCAUGCCCUGGGCACCCAGCAGCAGGCAGUGGGCUCAGUGGAGAUGGAGGUAUUUGUGAUUGAGCAAAUCCUACACACUGGCACAGACAUCUCCACCGUUUGGCACAGCAGCUUCCUCCCCAGUGGGCAUUUGGCACGGCUAGUGCAGGUUGGCUGCCCAGUUGAAAUGCUUCUGCAGGAUGAAUCAGUCCUCACCCAGAAAGGUGGGAUCAAGCUCCAGCCACACUUUGCCAAACAGCCCCUGGACUGGGAGGAGGACAUCCAGCUCUACUCCUGGUUCCUGGAAAGGAAGGAGGAGCUGCAAGUGACCUACACCACCUACGUGCAGCAGCACCCGGAGCUCAAGGCACAGAUGGCUGACUUUCUUCUGGCCCUGCUCCUCCAGCAGCCUCAUGAUUCUGUCUCCUUUGCUGCCCAAUUCUUUACCCCCUUUGACUACCAGCAGCCCCCUGGGGACCGCUUUGCCUCUCUAACGGGGAAUAAAGCUGCCAGCACUGCCCGCCCAGGAUUGUUUGCUUUGGAGAAACUGAGGCACAGGGAGGGCAGGGGGUGCUGA